CCAAUAACAGGGAUCUGGGCCUGGUCGGGUGUCCGACUCAUUGAAGAAGAACUCUUCGUCCAGUUUUAGAUGGCCAACACCAUAACGUUGCUGUGCUGUGUAGUGCUAGCUGCUGUGGUGGUGGCAUACGCGCAGAGACGCAACCAGACAGGGGCCAGUAUUCAGUAUGAGCGUAUGGAUGGGGACGUGACCAUGAGGUGUGGCUCUCUGGACAGCGACGCCAGCGUGACAUGGAAGGUCAACGGGACGGACGUGAAGGCGCGCCACCGGGAGGAGGGGUCUAGACUCAUACUGAUGGAGGUGGACCUCUCAAACAACGGACUUUAUAGCUGCUUUCAGAACCCCAAUGGAGAACGGCGGGACCAGAUCAACCUGCGCAUCGGAACCUCACCUAGGGAACCCACGGUGACGUGUCGAUCCAACACCUACCCUAAAGGUUUCUACUGUAGCUGGCACCUUCAGCACCCCACCUCCAUACCCACAGACUUCGACGUCACCGUCCUGUAA